CCAUGCCAUUUGUAAAUGUUAGAAAUCUCCUUGCACCCUCUUCUCUCUGCCGUUUGAUCAUCUGAAGAAUCCUGGUCAACAUUAGAUCUAACGGUCAACGAAGUUCCCUUCGAUCGGCGACGAUCAAGCGCCCGCCGAUCAAUAUUAUCGGUAAUUUGUUUAAAAUCUUAUCUUAAAAUCUGAUUGAAUGGGAGAAGGAAUCGAUCAGUUUCGGUAUUACCUGAUUCGACGUUGAUUUUGAUGAUGAUGAUUUCUUGUUCGGUGGAAUUCUCGUGUUUUUUUUUUUUUCGUUGUUUGGUGUUUGAGCAGGUUUCAUUGUCAUUGGUAUGCUGUAUUGUUCUUCGUUGAAUGCAGGUUUUUUUUUAAUGAGUCGAAAAGGCGAUAUAUUGUUGCUGCAUUUGAAUCAUACGGUCUCAUAGCCACGAAAUUGGUUUUGCUAUGGAUUUCUUGUCUUUUUCUUUGCUGAUUUCAGGAAUUUUCGCUUGAAAAUGGCUUUUUGAUGUUUAUAUGGUGAGUUUCUGGUAAAUUUUGUGAUACUGAAGAUUAAGAAAGGAGUUAUGUGUGUUCUUUUUUGGUAGUGUUUCAUUCUAUUUUAUGUUUGAUGUUAUGGCGAUUUCAAUACGAUUCUUAGGGGCUGAGAUUUUUUGGAUUAACUGAUUGUUCUUGUUUAUCUCGUCAAGAUUUACCAUUGAGCAAUAUUUUAGCUCAUAUAUUGACAUUUCGAUUAAUUCAAUCGAAUAACGUGUGCUUGUUGGUAAUCCUUGUAAUUCUAAGGAAGCUGAGAGGGAAACAGACCUAGAUAUGAUGGCAUGUCGUGCCAAAGGGAAUCAACACAAAAUUAGAUGAUAUUUAGAAAAAAAAAAAAAAAAUCAAUUGCAGCAUUAUUAAGGGGAGAAUGCAAUGCCAUGAUUUGAGACUGCAGAUCUCAUGAAAGAAACCCUGCAACGAGGGUAGUGAUGUGGUAAAUGAGGCAAAAUGCAUUUUGGUAGCUUCCAUAUUUUUGCACAUUUUUUUACCUUUUGUUCCCUUAUUGGGUGCUUUCUGCUAACCAGGGCUCCUUGAAAUUUGCUAUUUGCGUGGAGAGAGGAGAGGAUUCGGUUUCUGUUUUUUUUCCUUUCUUUAGAUAUGCAGGUCUUGAUGAUUCUUCAGAUGUGCAACUUCUACCAUUAAUGGGGGCUUUGAGACGGACUGUUAGCAACUUGGUGAGAAUCAUGAUAUUUUAGGGUAAAAAGGGGGCUGCAUUUUUAGACUGUAGUCUUCCAGAGUGUUUUGGAGAUAUAGGUUGCAAUUUGAGUUAUACACUAAGAACAUCGGCUUCUCAAAAUUCUCCCUUUUCGGCUUUGUC